GCUUGUGUACGCUACGCCCUGGGUGUUACCACGUCCCGUAUCCUGAGGCAACUGUUCGUCUGGUGGUUCGUGCUGCAAGCUGCCGUAGCGGAUUUACUACUCAUGAUAGUCGGAAAGAAACGAAAAAACCUUCGUCUGGUGAAGCGAGUUUUCGCGCUAGAGGAUGCCGCCUGUUUCUUCGCCCUGCACCGAUGGACCGUACAGAAUGAUAACAUGCGCCGUGUGCUGAAUGGACUAUCCGAACACGAACGAAAACUGCUGGAAUUUGAUAUUGACAAACUCGAUUGGAAUGAUUACUUCAAAAAUUUCCUACCGGGAAUCAAAGCGGCACUUGUCAGAUGCUUUCAGCGAAGAAGCAAAGGGUGUAGUUGAACUGCAGAUGAAAAAUGUAUUUUUAUGUUUCUUCGAACCGGUUUAGUUUACACGCAGUUGUGAGGUAGAGAGAGAGGUUAAUAAAUAUAGGAUAAACUAGGUUAUUUACUUUUGUUAAUAGUUCUGUUCUUUCA